UUCUCUGGCUGGCAAAUGCAGUGCCUAGCAGCUGCCAUAAAGGACGAACCAAACAUGAGUGGGGGAGGGGAACAGGUCGACAUUCUGCCGGCCAACUAUGUGGUGAAGGACCGUUGGAAAGUGCUGAAGAAGAUUGGUGGUGGUGGCUUUGGAGAGAUUUAUGAGGCAAUGGAUCUCUUGACCCGUGAGAAUGUGGCCUUGAAAGUAGAGUCAGCCCAGCAGCCAAAGCAGGUCCUCAAGAUGGAGGUAGCUGUCCUAAAAAAGCUACAAGGGAAAGAUCAUGUUUGCAGAUUUAUUGGCUGUGGAAGGAAUGAGAAGUUUAACUAUGUUGUUAUGCAGCUUCAGGGCCGGAAUUUAGCAGACCUCAGAAGAAGCCAGCCACGGGGAACCUUUACACUGAGCACAACUCUUCGAUUAGGCAAGCAGAUUCUAGAAUCCAUAGAAGCCAUUCACUCAGUGGGAUUCCUGCACCGGGACAUCAAGCCUUCCAACUUUGCCAUGGGACGCCUGCCCUCAACUUAUAGGAAAUGUUAUAUGUUAGACUUUGGUCUGGCCCGGCAGUAUACCAAUACCAACGGCGAAGUCCGACCUCCGCGUAAUGUUGCUGGUUUCCGGGGAACAGUCCGCUAUGCUUCUGUGAAUGCACACAAAAACAGAGAGAUGGGUCGACAUGAUGACCUGUGGUCUCUUUUUUACAUGUUGGUGGAGUUUGCGGUUGGUCAGCUCCCAUGGCGCAAGAUCAAAGAUAAGGAGCAAGUUGGAAUGAUUAAAGAGAAAUAUGAACAUCGAAUGCUGCUAAAACAUAUGCCUUCUGAGUUCCACCUUUUCCUAGAUCACAUUGCAAAUCUGGAUUACUUCACUAAACCAGAUUAUCAGCUCAUCAUGACAGUGUUUGAAAACAGCAUGAAGGAAAGGGGAAUUACUGAGAAUGAGGCUUUUGACUGGGAGAAAGCUGGUACUGAUAUUUUAUUAUCAACAAGUACCUCCACUCCGCCUCAGCAGAAUACAAGGCAGACAGCAGCCAUGUUUGGUGUUGUUAACGUCACUCCAGUUCCUGGAGAUUUGCUUCGUGAAAACACAGAGGAUGUCUUGCAAGGAGAGCACUUGAGUGACCAGGAGAAUGCUCCCCCAAUUUUGCCCGGCCGGCCAGCAGAGAGCUUGGGCCAAGGUCCAACCAUUGCCUUCAAUGAAGGAGAGGUUUGGGAAGAGACAGAUGUCAACCGCAACAAACUCAGGAUAAGCAUCAGCAAAACACAGUGCUUGGCAGAAGAAGAUCAGAAAAGUGGUGUGUGCCCCAGCUCCCCCGUCAGAGCCCCCCCAGACUCCCCUACUACUCAAGGACGCUCUCUGAGAUACCGUCGAGUAAACAGCCCUGAGUCAGAGCGCCUCUCUACUGCCGAUGGCAAAGCAGAUCAGCACGAGCGAAGAUCUCGAGUGGAUUUGCCUGGCUCUCCUUCUCGGCUUGUGUGUUCUUCCCAGCCAGCACAGAUGCUGUCCAUUGACACUGGUCAGGUAGAUAGGCAGGCGAGCGGCAGAAUGGAUGUAUCUGCUUCUGUGGAGCAUGAAGCACUUAGCAAUGCUUUCCGAUCAGUGCCCCUGGCUGAGGAGGAGGACUUUGACAGUAAAGAGUGGGUUAUAAUUGAUAAAGAAACAGAGCUGAAGGACUUCCACCCAGGUGCUGAACCAAGCACAUCUGGAACAACAGAUGAAGAGCCUGAGGAACUGAGGCCCAUUGAAGAGGGUGAGGAGAGGAGGCGUUUCGGAAUGGAAGUGGCUGUUAGGCCAAAAAUACAUGAUGGGAGAACCCGGGGUAUGCAGCCUGUGGCUGAGGAGGACAUUUCCCACAGACAUGAAGGGCAUUGUCAGACUGUAUCUGACAGCAAACAUGAACAGCAACCAGGAAGCCCUGCACAGUCCCCCUUACAUUCAGCACCAGCUAUCCGACAGCGGAGACGUGAAUCUGAGCCUACUGGUCCUGAGAGACAGGUGUUUACACUGAAGCCUUUUGAGAUGAAUGGUCUCCCGAAGGUGGUGCCUUUAAGUUUGCCUUAUCAAGACUUCAAAAGAGACGUGUCAGAAAAUAGGGAAAGAUCUAGAAUCCUCCAGCGUGUAAAGAAGGUGGAUUUCUCAAAUAUUGUCUUAACUGCUCCUUAUAAACCACCUUCAGCCCAUCUAGAAGCAAAUGGGAGAUAUGAGGAGGAGGAGGAGGAAGAGGAAGAAGAGGAUGAAGAAGAAGAGGAGGAUGACGACGACGAUGAUGAAGAAGAUGGUGAGUUAGGAGAAGAGCUUGACAUGCAUAGUGAUUCGAGCAGUGAUGUGAGCCAGAAAAGUACUGAGCACAGUCAGGAAGGUGCACCAUCUACCCUCUUGGCUGAUGACCAAAAAGAAUCCAAGGGCCGAGCUUCAGCUGCAGAAGGUGACUUGGAACUCGAGGAAGGCUCCAAAACUUUAGUUCUCUUUUCACCAGGUGACAUAAAGAAGUCCCCAGUGAACACAGACUUGCCUCCUGAUGUUGACCUUGGGACACUUGCUGCACUGACACCUCAGAGUGAGAGACCACAGCCUAUGGGAAGCCAGCUUGAUGUAUCAGAGCCAGGAACCCUGUCCUCCAUCCUUAAAUCAGAACCAAAGCCUCCUGUUGCAGCAGCCACAGCUUCCUCCCCCUUUACCAAAGUUGAGCGCACAUUUGUUCAUAUUGCCGAAAAGACCCAUUUAAACAUCAUGUCUUCCGGUGGUCAGUUAACGAGGCAUGAGGAAUACUGCCUUUCAGGGCCGUUUGAAGAGAUAAUUGUUGAAGAAGAACUGAAGGAAAACCAGGUCUUGGUAGAAAAUGGGAGUGUGAAUUCAGGCCUGGAAGGGGGAGAAAUGGAAAGCUGUGCUUUCUCAGUGAAUCAUGUUGAAACCUCCUCUGAAAUUAUGGGGGAACAGGCACUCCUUCUUAAUGGUGUUACUAAAGAGGAAGAGGAUGAAGAUGAGCUAGAACUUAAAGGCAAAGUUUCCCCUGAAUUAAAUUUGGAAGAAGCUGACAAACUGGUUUCAGAAGACCCUGGCUUUGAAAAGAAAAUUUGUGCAACAGAAUACCUUAAACUAACUGAAAUUCUCCCAGAUGCUUCAAAGGAAAGUUCAAGAAAGCCCCUGAAUAUCAGGUACAGAAGCCGAAUUCCCAUCUUGCUCUCAGAAGAGGACACUGGUUCAGACCUUUCAGCCUCUCACUCAGGCAAAGAGAGGCUGUACAGGAGGCUGAAACAGCAGGAUUUGGUGCGCCUGGUGAUGGAGAAAAGGCAAAACCGUCUGCUCAGGUUGGCUUCAGGAGCUUCAUCGUCUGCUUCCUCCAGUGAUGAGAGACGGCGAGCUUCAGAAACCCUUUCUGCCACUGGCUCUGAGGAGGACACCCAUGACUCAGAUGAUUCUGUCCCAAGGAAAAUGGGGAGUCAGGAGAAAUUUCCCCUGGCCAAGAGGGAAGAGAGAAGCUUAAAUAUGAAGAGUAGAAUCCCUCGUCCCAUCAUGCCUGUAAAGCCCCCUGUGACAGAACUGAAACAUGGGAGUCCUUCAGUUCAUCCUCCACCACCAGCACAAAGUAGCAGUCCAGGAGACAUGGCUUUGGCAAACAGGCUUCAGGGGCAAAGAACCUUUGGGAAUGUAUCUGGUGACUUGCGAAUAAAACCAACACCAAGUCCUGCUGCGCCUCCCCAGCGGAGCAAUUUGAGGAAAGUCACCCAUGCUCUACCGAGGAGUCCAGUUCUCCCUCCAAGAAACCUCAGUGCUUCCCCCAAAAGCCAGUCCUUGUCCAGAAAAGAAAGCCCAUCACCAUCCCGUCAACAUAGGCCAGGGACCACCCUUCUGCGGGUCCAACCUCCUUCAACAGUUCCAUCCAGAGCUCAGGCAGGGCUGCUGGGAGACACCCCUGUCUCACCAGGCAUGAUGAGAAAAGGACAAAGAGGGAAAGCUCAGACUCCAGCAACCAAAGGAAGACAGGGAUCCCAGGAAGGCAAAGCUACUGCUAGAUAA